AUGGAGAAAGCAGCUUUGAUAUUCAUCGGUCUUCUACUUUUCUCAUCAUGCACUCAAAUUCUUUCGAAAACUUGCAACGUCGAUUCUGAUUGUACAAAGAUCACAUGUCCAAGUAUAAUCAAUAUCAAGUGUGUGAAGAACACAUGUCAAUGCGUUAAAGAGGAAAACAUGGAUUUACCCCUUCAAACAAGGUGUGACCAUACUGCUUGCGCUGCUUUAUGCAAGUCAAAAGGCGAAGAAAUUGGGUUUUAUGUAUGUGCUCUAAACCAUUGUUACUGUCGCAAACCUCCUAUGUAUUAA